UUUGUUUUGACAGACAAUCCCCACAGUCAGUGACUAGACACUUGCCUGAGCAAGUAUUAAACUUGCUCUUGUUCAACAAUCUGACGAGUGUGCUCUUCAACAACACUUGUUCAGGAAAUAAAAUCAAAGGCUUUCACUUGCCUCCUGGAUAACAUCUUUGUGUCUCUAGAGAGCAGUAAAAUGAAGUUACCUUCUUGACAAGAUCCUCUUUGGAAACCAGAAGAAAAGAAGAGGGAGGAUGGCUUUACCAAAGACACUGCGGUUUGGUGUUUUGCUCCUAAUUAUAUGCUUCACUCUGGACCAACCCGGAACCAGACAGUCUGUGACAAUCUUCUUUGAGGAACUGAGGGAUGUUACAUCAUCCAUCCUUCAUGCAAGGGAGAAAAGAGAAACUUCCACAAAUUUCACUGAACACGAGUUCCAACUCGUCAUAACGUUCUCAGACCUUGAGAGUCUCCAAAUGAUUCUCAGCAAUAUCAGCUUUCCUAUACAGAUCAACAACACUGUGGAAAUCACAAGCCUUGAAACCACAACAGUGUGUUCACCAAAUAUAACUGGCUACCAGUGCACGUGUGAGGAAAACUUUGCCUGGUCUUAUAACAACUGCAUUACCUAUGGAGUCUGUGAUGCAAUCAUUGGUGACACAUGUGGCUGCAUUACUGACCUACCGGCUGAUGGUGUGUUCUGCCAGUUAAACAACAGCCAAAUAGUGACAGUUACUGCAACACCACCUUCUACCCAAGCAAAUGACACAGUGGACAUCUACGUGGACCUUGUCUUGCUCAUCCCAACCUCCGGAAUUUCGUCAAAUAUAAUCAGCUUAUUCAGAAGUUAUGUGCAAGCUGUCAGUUACCCAAUAACCAUCUCGCCGUCUCUUGGAGUGAAAGAGAUUUCCUUCACCACAGCCUGCAAUCCAAACUUUGCUGAUGGACUGCAGUGUCAAUGUGAGAACGGCUUUGUUUGGCCAUGUGACAUAUGUAACAGCAGCAGCUCAUGCAACAAUGAAACCUGUACGUGUAUGUAUGGACUUCCUCCAAAUGAUGAGUUCUGUCAGCCAAUCACAAAUUUAACUACAUGCAAGCCAACUCCCACACCUUCUGCAGAGCUAGUGGAGAUGGAUGUGGUCCUUGACUUGCGGAUUCCAUUCAACUCUGCACCCUUGAAUUUGCUUGAUUUACUCAGGACAGCACUGGAAAAUGAAAUCUUCCCGAUUCAGCUCUCCCAGCUUGUAGAUGUAAUAGAUAUAGAGCUCACCACAGCUUGCUCUCCAAACUCCACCGAUGAGCUGCUCUGUCAAUGUGAAGAAGGUUUUGCCUGGCCAUGUGACAUGUGCAACAGCAGCAAUUCAUGCAAUGACCCCAGGAAGGAAUAUUGUACUUGUGCGUUUGGACUUCCUUCCAAUGACAACUUCUGUCAGCCAAUCACAAAUAACUCUGUAUGCCCAACAUCUGCUCCAGUGACAACAACUUCAACUCCUUCACCAACUUACGAGAUUGAUUUGGUCCUGGAGUUACGCCUCCCACUGUCAAGUUACCCAUCAGCUCAAUUGGAUGUGUUUAGAGAGGCACUGAGAAAUGAAACCUUCCUCAUACCAUCCUCAAAAUUUGUAAACAUUACAGAGUUAUACUUGACCACAGUCUGCUAUCCAAACUCUACUUAUGGACUGCGAUGUCAAUGUGAGAGUGGCUUUGCUUUGCCGUGUGACAUGUGCAACAGCAACACUUCAUGCAGCAGUGGACUCUGUACAUGCAUAUAUGGACUGCCUUCUAAUGAUGAAUUCUGUCAGCCAAUCAUAAGUAACUCUACAUGCCCAACAUCUCCUCCAGACCCUACAACAGCCAUCCCAACCACAUCUCCUCUUCCAAUUUAUGAGAUUGAUUUGGUCCUGGAGUUACGCCUCCCACUGUCAAGUUACCCAUCAGCUCAAUUGGAUGUGUUUAGAGAGGCACUGAGAAAUGAAACCUUCCUCAUACCAUCCUCAAAAUUUGUAAACAUUACAGAGUUAUACUUGACCACAGUCUGCUAUCCAAACUCUACUUAUGGACUGCGAUGUCAAUGUGAGAGUGGCUUUGCUUUGCCGUGUGACAUGUGCAACAGCAACACUUCAUGCAGCAGUGGACUCUGUACAUGCAUAUAUGGACUGCCUUCUAAUGAUGAAUUCUGUCAGCCAAUCACAAGUAACUCUACAUGCCCAACAUCUCCUCCAGACCCUACAACAGCCACCACAACCACAUCUCCUCUUCCAACUUAUGAGAUUGAUUUGGUCCUGGAGUUACGCCUCCCACUGUCAAGUUACCCAUCAGCUCAAUUGGAUGUGUUUAGAGAGGCACUGAGAAAUGAAACCUUCCUCAUACCAUCCUCAAAAUUUGUAAACAUUACAGAGUUAUACUUGACCACAGUCUGCUAUCCAAACUCUACUUAUGGACUGCGGUGUCAAUGUGAGAGUGGCUUUGCUUUGCCGUGUGACAUGUGCAACAGCAACACUUCAUGCAGCAGUGGACUCUGUACAUGCAUAUAUGGACUGCCUUCUAAUGAUGAAUUCUGUCAACCAAUCACAAGUAACUCUACAUGCCCAACAUCUCCUCCAGACCCUACAACAGCCACCACAACCACAUCUCCUCUUCCAACUUAUGAGAUUGAUUUGGUCCUGGAGUUACGCCUCCCACUGUCAAGUUACCCAUCAGCUCAAUUGGAUGUGUUUAGAGAGGCACUGAGAAAUGAAACCUUCCUCAUACCAUCCUCAAAAUUUGUAAACAUAACAGAGUUAUACUUGACCACAGUCUGCUAUCCAAACUCUACUUAUGGACUGCGGUGUCAAUGUGAGAGUGGCUUUGCUUUGCCGUGUGACAUGUGCAACAGCAACACUUCAUGCAGCAGUGGACUCUGUACAUGCAUAUAUGGACUGCCUUCUAAUGAUGAAUUCUGUCAGCCAAUCACAAGUAACUCUACAUGCCCAACAUCUCCUCCAGACCCUACAACACCCAUCCCAACCACGUCUCCUCUUCCAACUUAUGAGCCUUUAUUCUUCAAUGUGGUCAUUAACUUGACAAUCCCAGCCGCCAGGGUCCCAUCCGAUAUGCUUGCGUUACUUCGACGUGCUCUCCAAAAUGUGAUAUACCCUAUAAUCCUCCCACAGUUAAAAGUUUUACAAAUAAAUUUGACCACAGUCUGCUCUCCAAACGUCGCUGGUGGACUGCAGUGUAAAUGUGAGGAUGGGUUUGCUUUGCCAUGUGACAUGUGUACCAGCAACAUCUCAUGCAGUGAUGUUAGCAAUCAAACCUGCUCUUGCAUAAAUGGACUUCCUCCCAAUGAUGAGUUCUGCCAACCAGAAACCAAUAUCUCUAUAUGUCCAGUUCCUUCGACAGCUGCUCCGACAACAACCACGGCCCUUCCUACAACAAACACUACUGUUCCGACAACAAACACUACUGUUCCGACAACAAACACUACUCUUCCAACAACAAACACUACUGUUCCAACAACAAACACUACUCUUCCGACAACAAACACUACUGUUCCGACAACAAACACUACUGUUCCGACACCGAGCACAGCCGUGCCUACAACGGUGAUUUCAACCCAACAACCGCCAUCAACAACACCCACAUCAGCUGCACCAAAAACUACACCAUUACCUAAUGCCAUCAGAGGAAAUUUUACCAUGGAUAUAACAUUCAACAGCUCAUUUAAUGACAAGAGUAGCACACUUUAUAUAACUAUUUAUAAUGCUACUAUAGUGGAGUGCAAAAAGCAUGUAUCAAACAGUUGUGAAGUUAAAAAUCUUACAUUCAGUGAAGGAAGUACCAUUGCUAAUUAUGAGCUUAAUGUUCCAUCCACUGAAACAUUAGGAGAAACAGAAAUUCAGUUGACAAAAGAUGGAAUAUUGACCCAAGUGGCUUCAAAGUACCCUGUCAGGAUUAACGAUGGCUCAAUUGCAUUCAGUCCAGCCACAUUUUAUGUUGGAGAUCGUGUCACUGUGACGUGUACAAUUCCAUCUCUCCUUAAAACAUAUCCUGUAAUGUGGAUGCAUAACGGAAGACUCAUUGCCACAUCAAAAGUUUCAGCUGGUGGAAUAUCUACAUACAUAUUUGAUAAGUUUCUCCAAUAUAAUGAUGGAAAGUAUGAAUGUCAGAUAAAUUGGGGAGCUUCGACUUUUAAACGGAGUGUACAACUGGUGUCCAAACCUGCCCCUCUGAUUGAUGCAGAACCAGACAGAGAUAGAGUGACAUGUCCUGGCCGUAGGGCACUGACGUGCUCUGUAAACACUGGCUUUACAGUUACAUUGAUUGCUCCAGAUGGUCAAGAUUUAGGUAGCACUUCCACUACCUAUACAGCCCCUGUAGACUGUACUGAUGGGGCUGUGGUGCAGUACAGGUGUAGAUCAAAACCAAGGCAAAGUGAGAAAGUAAUCACGCUGGUACUAACCACAAGGGAGAGAUUUGAUUGUAGUGAUCCAGUAUAUGGAAAUGCCCUGGUUGGGGAUAUUGGUGUUGGAGACUGUGAAGAGAACAAGGAAGGACAAAAGACAGCAGUUUGUAUGGCAGAUGGAAAUUAUGGAGACAAACAAGACAAAUGCGUCCUAAAAGUGAUUGUGGAACUGCGUGAACGAUCAGAGAACUUGGAUGAGUUUACAAUUCCAAUAUUCUUGGAGGACCUCAGAAAUGCGACUGCUGAAAAUAAUCAGGAAAUCAUUGAGUCUCCUGCGACAAUCAUUGUCCUGGUUAAGAUCUUUGAAAAUGUUGCCACUAAAUCAUCGUCUUUAAAAAUCAAUAUAAGUGAGAAUUCCACAAGGAAUUUCCUAGAAAGUGCUGGCCUUCUCACGAUUGAUGACGCAAGGGAGUCUUGGGGUUUUCUAAAUUACAACGACACUAGAAAUACAACGGAAGACAACCUAUUAAGAGGCAGUACAAGCUCUUCAUUCUUGAAUGUUUUCGAGAGAUUAACAACCUUUAUAGGCAAUGGAUCAUUGGAUAUCUACACAGAUUUCAUCCUCCUGAACAAAUCUAAUCUCACAGAUGCUUUCAACAGUGAAUUUAACUCCUCAGUGGAAAUAGAAAUACCAGAUGCUGGUGAAAAGGAAACAUUCAUUACAAUAAUAAUUUUUGCUUCCAUGUACAAUGUGCUUCCUGGAAGAGAUGAAGUCAAUACUUCAUCCAACCGUGUCCAUGGCAGGGUUGCCCUUGUUCGUCCUGAAGUUGACAUCUCCAAUAUAUCAUUAACAUUUGAUGUAAUAAACUAUACAAACGAUACCCUGGGAAACCCUAAAUGUGUUUUUUGGAAUUACAGCCUCUUUGACGGUCUUGGAGGAUGGAGUGAUGACGGUUGCUCUUUAGUGUACUUUGAAAAUGAAACAGUCAGCUGCAACUGCAACCACACCACCUCGUUCUCUAUUCUCAUGUCACCCAACAGUCCAAGGAGCCUUAUUCUGGACUACAUAACCUACAUUGGAGUUGGCAUUUCUAUGGCCUGCUUGGUCAUAUGUCUCAUCAUUGAAGCAGUCAUCUGGAGAAAAAUAAACAAGAACGCAACAUCGUACUUGCGUCACGUCUCCAUCGUUAACAUCGCAGUGUCCCUCCUUAUUGCAAACAUUUGGUUCAUCAUUGGAGCAGCUAUUUCAGAUGCGGACAAGAAAAACCCACCAGCCUGCACAGCAGCUACCUUCUUUAUCCACUUUUUCUACCUCGCCCUGUUCUUCUGGAUGUUAGCAUCAGCCCUGCUGUUGCUCUACCGCACUGUCAGUGUCUUUGAAGGAGGGCUGUCUAAAAUCUCUAUGCUGAUUAUUGGAUUCUCUUUGGGAUAUGGUGCACCACUGAUCAUUGCUACAAUAACUAUAGCUGCAACAGCUCCCUCAAAUCAGUAUAUCCGAGAAAAUGUUGUCUGUUGGCUCAACUGGGAAGGAUCCAAAGCCCUGCUCGCCUUUGUGAUCCCUGCACUUAUGAUAGUGGCCAUAAAUCUUGUCAUCCUAAUUGUGGUGUUAUACAAAAUAUUGAGGAGAAGAGUAGGAGGAAAUGCAGCCCAAGCAGGAGAGAAGCAUGUUCUGGUUGUGAUUGCAAGGAGUUUGGCUGUGCUCACACCAUUUUUCGGACUCACUUGGGGUUUGGGAGUUGGAACCUUGGUCGACCCAGAAAACUUUGGAAUCCAUGUCGCAUUUGCUUUCUUCAAUUCACUGCAGGGCUUCUUCAUUCUGGUGUUCGGCACGCUGCUGGACAAAAAGGUGUUGUCAGCGAUGACAAUAAGAUCACUGACGUCACAGGGUAGAACACAGAGCACCUCUGCUGGAACCUCAUCUAGUGGCCUGAGCAAAUUGUUCCAGAGAAUGCGAGGAAACAGAGGCUCUAGAAGUGGCUACAAUGUGUCUUCUACCGGACAAAGUGGAUCCGGAGAAUCAUUCAACACAUAGUAUGUGCAGGAAAGAAGCACAACCUCCAAAAUAAAAUAUGCUUUUUUUAUGCUUUCUUUACUACUGACAUGUUAUUAUAGUAUGAACUGUAAGUCGAAAUGAAGAAAGCAUUUAUUCUGUUAUCUUGUAAAACCAACAUUUUUAAAAGCUUUUUAAAGACAUGUAAUGCAGAGAAGCAAAAAUAUUUCUAUAUUACACAGCCUUUUUUUUUUAGGAAAUGUAAAAUAAUACAAUGCCUGUUUUAUCGAUUUUCCAUGUGACUAUAUUUAAAAAAUAUAUUGUCUUCUAUCUUUUUUAGAUGGGACAGAAUGUCCUCUAUAUAGCAUUAGAGGUGGUAAUAGCCACCUCUAAUGCUAUAUAUUAGGGGUGGGUAUUGUUAGGAAUCUAACGAUUCGAUUCGAUUUUGAUUAUUGGAGUUGCGAUUUGAUCCAAUUAAAUACAAUACCGAUUUAAAGGCUUUGAUUUUCAUUUAGUAAAAAGUAGAAAGACAAAAAUGGUUUAAGUUCCUGUUCUUGUAAAUCCUUAUUUUCAUGCCCAUGUAAACAUAUGAAGGUGACCUCAAAUUUCUGAGCAGAUAAACCGUAAAAUUGGCACAUUAUCAAAAACUACUUUGCACAAUGUGUAUAAAAGAGUGUAUCAGGAAUCUGGUCUGUAUAAAUAAUCCUAAUUAGGGGUCAGUCGCUCUCGAGGUCCAGCAAUCACACUUCAGAACAUCUCUUUUUGCCGUCUUUAACGAAACGGCACAGCAACUUCUGUCAUGUGUUUAUGUGUUGGUAUUGCAUAGUGUUUUUCGAGUAUCUUUAACAUAUUCUUUAAACCCUGGUUUUCAACAAAAGUGUAUGGUCAUAGGUCCUUGCAAAUGAACACAUCAACAGACUUUGUGAUUUGUUGUGUGGGGGAAGACCUUGUCGGCAGAUUAAAGGUAAAUAACUUGUCGAUUUGCGUCUGUUUGGAAUCAACAGGUUUAGUCACUAGUUGCUGUAGGGCGUCCGCAUGAUAUCUGAUUAAGUGAUUGCGCAAAUUUGUCGUGUUACUGCGGUACUUUAAUUCUGUCUGGCACAACUUACAAACUACCUUGCUUUUGUCGGUUUCCUAAGUUCCGGAUUUACACGGGAAUCCAAGAUGAGCCCAGAUAUCGGACUUAACAGUUGACAGAGUUGGCUUUCUGCCCCUACUCGCCUUGACUGUUGUUGUGCGAGCUAGUUUGGCUUCCGUACUAAGGUGCUUACAAUGGUAAUCAAACACACUGUGCCCCCCAUGGGUCAGGAGGUGAAUUGAUUCAGAGGAGCUCCCAAAUCGACUCUGAAUAGGGAGUGGAAUUAUUGCGAUGCAUCGAUUUUUCAAUUAUUUUACCCACCCCUAUUAUAUAUGUUGUUUUAUAUGUUUACAAAAUAGUUUGAAAAUGUCUAUUUUUUUAAACUGUAAAACUACUGCUGAGAAGCGGCAAACUCCCCAGUUCCUUCAUCAGUCAGCAACGACAGGUAAAAAGACUUUCAUCCACCUUCAGAAGGUUAAUCGAACUCACCUCCAGGAAAGGACAUGGACUGUUGAUGGAUGCUGAUCGUUGUACUUAUCACUUAUUGAACAACUACAUUACCUGGUAUGCACAACAACUUUGUUGUUGUUUUAUGCACAAAAUUUAAACCGAAAGAAGACAGAGCAGCUAAGUUUUAAUCUGUUUUUCAUUUGUUUGUUUUGGAAGUGAAGGAUUUAUUUUAAAUUACAGCAACAGUUAGUAUUUUUUUUUUUACAUGUAACAGGUUAAACUGAAUCUUCCCAGGUGAUACCAGGAUAUCAAAAUUGUAUGUGCAUGUUUACUGUUGAUAAAUUUAUGGUAAAUCGACUCAAAGUUUAGUUUGAGAAAAAUACAUUCCUUUGUGCUGUGUACUGAAAGGGCCACUGAAAAGGUAAGAUUUAAACAAUAGUAUUGUCAGGACUCCAUCUCCCCCUCAAUUCUGUCAAAUGCAGGACAUAUUUAAAACCUUUGCAACAGAGCCUAAAAAAGCUUGUGUUAGAUGUAAAGCAAGCUAAAGAUGUUUCUUUGGAUCUUAAUGAAACUGUAAUAAGCUUAUGAUUCAAAUCUUGUUAAUAAUCAAUUAUUUUGAAUGUAUUAAGCAUCUUUGCAAACCUUUGAAUAUUAAAAUGAAAAUA